AAUCGCAAAAUCGGCAAACUGCCCACUAGGAGAAAGCGAAAGAGUUCGACGAUUUUUUGAAGCGACCUAUCGCGAAAAAACGCUCCGACCAAAGGCCCCAAACCCACUCUUCAUUUUUUGGCCCGCGCAUCACCACCAACCCGAAUCCCGCCCUCCACCUCCCCUCCUCUUCUCGAUAUCUCCUCCUCAACCGCAGGUCUCCCCCCUCGAAAAGAACCUCGCCGACCGAGAUCCAACCUGCCCAGCAUGGCUGUCGCCGAAACUGAGAAGUUCCUCCACCUCUCGCGGCCCAUCGCGCCGGCCACGAUUGGCAUCCCAGGCAACAUUGCCCCGCUCACCGUCAACAUCCAACCCCAGGCCAUCCUCUCCAUUCUCGACCAUGCCGUGCGAAGAGACAUCCGCGAUACGCAAUCAACCCGCGUUAUCGGCGCCCUCGUUGGUGUCCGCUCCGAAGAUGGCACCGAGGUCGAAGUGCGCUCCUGCUUCGCCAUUCCCCACACCGAGAACGAGGACCAGGUCGAGGUGGACGUCGACUACCAGAAGAACAUGCUCGCCCUCACCCUCAAGGCCAACCCGCGCGAGUCCCUGUUGGGCUGGUACACCACCACCCACGAGCUCAACUCCUUCUCCGCCCUGAUCCAGAACUUCUUCGCCUCCCCCGAGACCGGCACCUUCCCCCACCCCGCCGUCCACCUCACCAUCAGCACCGACCCGACCUCCGACAUCGAGGCUCGGUGCUACAUCUCCGCCCCCGUCGCCGUCAACGCCGAGCGCGCCGCCGAGAGCUGCCUGUUCAUCCAGGUGCCCCACAAGCUCAUGUACGGCGACGCCGAGCGCAGCGCCCUCGAGGCCAUCUCCAUGGCCAAGGACACCGAGGACCGCACCGCCCCCGUCGUCUCCGACAUUGAAGGACUUGCCCGCUCCAUCGAGUCCGGCGCCAACCUCAUCGAGCGCGUCAGCGACUGGGUCAACGGCAUCCUCGACGAGGACGAGGAGCCCAACCAGGCCCUCGGCCAGUACCUCAUGAACGCCCUCUCCCUCGCCCCCAAGGUCGACCCUGAGCAGAUUGAGCACGACUUCAACAACCACAUCCAGGACGUCCUCAUGGUCUCCUACCUGGCCAACACCAUCCGCACCCAGAUUGACCUGUCGCAACGGCUGGCUGUUGCCAACCUCACCGGCGGCGAGAAGGACGGCGAGGAGGAAAAAAAGAGUAAAUUCCCCUACACAUGCAAAGUUCAUGUUGAAGAGAGAAUUACACAAGCGCCCACCCCAAAAAUCUGACCCCUCCGAAAAAGGGGAACAAGAGGUCGAGAGGUUGAAAGAGACCAGGACAAGCUUGAUGCUGGGGAUUUUCUGCCGCAAGGUUAGCAAGCAUGGCAUCAUGAGAAACCCACACUUGAUAAAACCAUCAUGGCGUUAUGGCAGUGGCAGAAUUAGACGGCCUAGGGUAGAAUGCGCUAGGCAGUUGCAAUGAUGAUUAUUCACGCUUUCAUGCAAAUAUCCAAGACACAUGAGACAUUGGUCCAGGGGUGC